AUGGAAAGGUGUCUCCAUGCAAUAAUGAAAGUAUCUUCGAUUGUUGCUCGCAAGAACGACGUACCUACCAGUAUCUUGAAGACCUAUCUCCAAGUCUUCAGCCAGGUCACGACCGUAUGGUCAACGCAAGUUCUCAGACGGGACGGAUAUUCGAACGGAGGUGCAGAAUACAACCUCUCUGGCUUCAAGGAUUCCCUCAGUACUCCGUCGACCAACUUGCGAUCCGUGGCUGCAUUUAGCGGCCCGAUCCAGAACUUACUCCGUGUCGUACCGACCUUUCGAAGUUCUGCAGGAUGGACAUACAAGUUAUCGGACGGAAACGCGGAAUAG